UUUCCUCUCCAACACGACGGAUUACUAUACAGGCCUGCCUUUUCUCCCGAGGACUUUCAUUCUCCUUCCCCUUUGUCUCACGUUUCUCCAUAAAAAAACAACACCGAAAAGCACCCACAGAGAGAGAGAGAGAGAGAGAGAGAGAGAGAGAUGGGAAUCGCGGGAGAGGCAGAGCCGGAGGUAAGCUCCAUUCUAAAGCUACCACUCCUUUCAGUCCCACCCAUGAUGCAGUCAACAGAUCCUUCUGGGAUGCAAACCCCACCACUCCACUCGUCAGCCUCUGUCCCAUUUCGCUGGGAAGAAGAACCAGGCAAGCCCAGGCCCUGCACCGCUCUCACCAACCGCACCGCCAAGUGCUUGGAACUUCCUCCAAGGUUGCUCUUUGAUACAAAAUUGCCUUCCCCCACCACCGUCUUGGAAGGCCCUUUUGCGGGCAGGUCUCGAUUUCAGUCUGCUUCCUUUAGGAUCACUUCUGGGGAGUGCUAUGGGUCUUUCAGCCACGAGAGAUCAGGACAGCUUGGAGCCAUUACUGCGAGCAAGAAAUCAGGUGUCAAGGAGAGAGGCUGGUUUGGUUCUUGGGGCAGGAAGGCUCUCAAAGCUAAAAGAGAGGUUGGAGGCUGCAGUCAUGUCUUUCCAUCUUCCUUGGAUAGAGAGAGUGAUGGUGGUAGUAGUGUGGGAGAGGGCAACAGUACAAAGGUAAAGAUUGCAAAGUUUAGAAGGACAGGGAGUUUAUCCAAUCUCUCCCAUACCCGCUCUCAUUUCUGGGCAACUAUGUACGAGGGCUUGAAGCAGGUGGUUCCAUGGGGGAGUAGGAAGUUGAAGAAAGAUGGGAUUGUGACUUAAAAGAGUUCACAGUGUACACCCUAAGAUGGGUCCAUUGACCUUAGCUGUUUGCACUAAAGAAAAAGGACGUAAUAUUGCUUGCAUGUUACUGCUAGCUCUUUAAGCUCUGCAAGGCUUUUUCAUUUUCCUCUUUUAAUCCCGGGUAUAUUUAGCUAUGGAAAAAUAUGGGGGCUUCUAGCAAAGGAAUUCAAAAUAGCUGUACAAUUAUGUACGAUUCAGCCAUUGGAACAUGCCAAAUUUGGGUGAAGGUGCUAAUUAAUGAAGUGUAUGGUAGAUCCUUAUUUACCUAAGAAGAGAAGAGAACAAAAGAGAAAGAGAACAGCUGCAGAUGUACUGCUGUAAUCUUUUAUGUAUGAAGUUUCAUCUUUAGUCUAGUGUAUGGUAGAAGUGUGUAUGAUUUUAGCUCUUGAAUAUAUGGUGCACAAGCCAAUUCCAGUGUCUGACA